AUGGGAAUCGAUAUCAAGGAUCGCGAUUUCUACACAGCUACACAGGCUGAGUACCAUACUCGCGAAGGAAUGGCGUCGAUUGAGCAGAGCGCUGCAGAAGUCGCUGCAGCGACUGAAGCUUACGAGGUAGAGAAAUCUGAGGCCGGUAACGCCGAGUCGAGUGCAAUAGGGGCUGUAGCAGAGAAAAAGUACGACGUGGUAGAACCAGAAGAGACCGCUCAGCCUUCAUCGAGGCAUGUCCAAGGCGAUGAAGAGGUUAUUACCUAUCCUUCACCAGAGGAGCAGGACCAGGAGGAACAGCAGGCGCAACAGAGUGAAGCCGCAGCGCCGGUGAACAGCCGUGUGUCCGCCAAACAGGAAAGUACUGCUGAAGGGGAAGUGGAUGUCCAGGAUCCUGCUUCUGAAGUGUUGUCGAAGAAGAGCGAUAGGCAGAAAAGCCAUCAAGGAGUAGAUGAGCCUGCUCCUGAUGCAUCCGCAGUGUCCCCUGCGAUGCCGGUAUCCCAAAUAUCAAGCGCAGGCGGUUCCGGUGUUGCGCAUCCGUACGCGCACGAGCCUAGUUCUGUUGCCACCACGGCGUCUGAGGACCAACGACUCCACGAGCGGCAACUGGACCAGCAAGAGUAUGCUUUCGCUGCAGCAACAGACUUAGGACCACAUGCGGAUGCGGGAGCCCGUCGCAUACGCGAUACCGCGCUUUCCGUGGCUUCUCCUGUGGAUAACCCGAUUGAUGCGCAACUGGCCGCCGAUCGUUGG